GAUACGAUCGUGUCAAAAUAGAAGCUAUUCAUAAAACCUAGUAGGCUAUUUAUUAAUAGGGAGUAAUUUCGAAAACUAAAUUCAAAACAAUGCAUCACAAUAAUACAAUAAGGGACUUUCCUCUGCAGGUCUAUUUGCAUUCUCAUGAUUUCUUGUAACUGCUCGGGCGAAACUGAAAGUUUGAAGGAAAAACAAAAAAAAACUACACUGGGAGCGAUCAUUGAAGGUGACAAGACACAGCAUCCAGCUUCCGUCUUCUUCACUGCACAUUUAUUGACUGCAGACAGAGAAGAAGUUUGUCGACUCGGGUCCAAGGAGCUGAGCUGAAUCAAAAUGACGACACAGGGUCAGGAGGAGAAAAGAUACGACCCCAAAGACACGACUCUGAAAUUUGUCAACAGACCGGAUGACCUGGAUCCACUGCCCCCAGAGGAAGGAGACAUGUGUCUUCGUGCAGAGAUGUCGUGCGGUCAUGCCGUCACCCCAGAAUCUCUGACUGGGUGGUGUCGCAGCCUGCUGGAUCAGGGCCGCUACAAGUUCAAGUGCCCGGCUUUAAAGGACGGCACCUUGCAGAAGUGUGACAAGGAGUGGUCUUACCAAGAGGUGCGCAGGCUGGCCGUGCUGACCGCUGAAGAGAUGCAGUACUUUGAGGAGAACAUCGCCCGUCUGGCUGCCAUAGAGUACUGUGAAUUCAAAACAUGUCCUGGGUGUAAAACCUACAUUGAGAGAGAGGACCUGGCAAACCUGAACGUGCAGUGCACAAUCUGCGCAGAAGAUGAGACGGAGUCGUGCCAGUUCUGCUGGCAGUGUCUGAAGCCGUGGAAAGGUAAAGCCCCACGCUCCGACCGCUGCGACAACAGCGGCUGCGUCAACCACGACCUCGAGCUCCUCAAGAACUGUAAGGACACCGCUCUCCCUCAGGUGCAAGGGGUCGACAAGUGCCCCUCCAUCCGGGCCUGUCCCACCUGUGGUCAGCGGGUGGAGCACGACAAAACGGGCUGCAAGAACAUCAUCUGCCCUCGCUGUCAGAUCGAGUUCUGCUUUGUGUGUCUGAAGCUCACGCCCGAGUGCCUGGAGACAAGCUCCUACUUCAUCCCCUGCAGUGAUGGCGUGGCUCCCAGACAAACCUCCAUACCUGUGUGGCGCAGAAACUAACGGCCAACAACUAACUCACGGCGUUCUUCACGCUAUGUUUCUCCUGUUCGGUUUCACCGUGAGAUUCUUAUUGCAACUGAGGCCAGACGUGUUGUUUAAUGGGCCUAUUUGUUCAUGUGCAUUGUCAGAAUUAAAAGUAUCUGAUGUAUUCUCUUA